AUGUCUCUUCGAUUACUUUCCAAAUCGAAGCCAGUGGUCUUAUUAUCCAGGCGAUGGCAGUAAGUCAUGUAUAAUAUAACAUUUUCUUUGUUUUAGAAUGAGAUUGCCGACGGUUCCGAGAGAGGUCGACUUUGAUAGGAAGUAUACAUUCACAGAGAGGAUACGCGAGUUUCUCCACUUUCAUGUCGAUAUGGUUCGUUGGUUUUUUUACAUUAUUCUUGAUAUUUAGGUGUGUUGAUGAAAAAUUGAAGAAUUUGAAAGGUUAACACGCGAGAAUUAGUCCGUUGAUGGGUUCAUUAGUUUUGUUAUGAUAUAGAGCAGCUAUUUAUACCUAUUUUGCAUUGAGAAAACUUCUUCUUCACACUGAUUAACCUUGUUUUAGCCGACCCACAUCAUGUUCUCCGAAUAUUCGCUUCGUCUGUUUCACAAGCGAGACCAUCUCGACCACAAGCAAUGGCAACUCAUCUACAAUGAUCUAUUCAUAUCGAGGACACAUGCAAUCUUCAUGUUUUUGCUUUUUUGCGGCGGUCUUGGAGUGGCAAAAUGCAUGGCCGAUCUCAAAAAUUAUGGUGAAAUUCAAAGUGCGUCGUUUCGACAAAUGAAAAAAGAUCUCAAAAGGGUACGUUAGAGAUUUUUUUUUGCAUUGUUACAAUUUUAGGCCGGAUAUUUCCAAUAUUUCUUCGGGAUUACAUUGGCGAACUCAAUUUUCUGGGUAUUCCGAAUAUUUGCUGUGAGAACGCGGAGGAUCUAUCAAAAUGUCAACAAUCCUAAUGAGUAUAUGCUGGUUAGAACCUUAUUUGGGUGGAUCAAAAAUACAGUAAGCCAUUUUUUGGUUUUCGGAAAAUUCACAAAAGUUGAUGGAUAAUUUUUAGUGCAAAAAAGCCUACGAAUUAUCCAUCAAUUUUCGGCAAAAAUUUUAUUGACUAAAAAUGCCGCAGAUGACACAGUAAUCACAUAAAAUACGAUUUAAGAUCAAAGUAAAUCGGUCCGAGGUCCAGCCGACGAACCGAGUCAUCGAUCGCGAUCACAACCCUAUUCUGGCGCAUGCAAAAAUGAAUCUUUUUGGGAACGUCCGAGUCAAGAACAAGGCGAUGAUAAUGGAAGCGCACAACUUUCGCGAUAAUCAGCACUACUCGUACUUGUUCCAGCACACGAAUCGGGUGCCAUUUUCGGGGCAGGCAAGUCGAGCGACGGCACCACGAGGGGCGGCGAGGCCUUUCUGA